AUGAACGAGAAAAGGUUUGUUGAUCACGAUACUUCAGUCGAGGAUUACGUAGAAAGUCUCGAAAACAGGAAUACGAAAGAGAAAACGAAACGAGAUGUGAAAUUGCUGGAAACGUUUUUGAGAAACGAAAAGAACGACGAGCGAGAAGUGCAAGACAUAGAGCCCGCAGACUUAAACAAGCACCUUAUGGAGUUUAUUCGGUCUGUGAGACGAAAAGACGGAGAGGAUUAUGAGCCUUCAAGUUUAAGAUGCCUUGUUUCAAGUAUUGAAAGACAUUUGAAGAAAAAUAAUUAUACUAAGAGUAUCAUUAACGAUAAAGAAUUUGAAUUGUUUAGAAAGUGUUUACAGGCUAAACAAAAAGAGCUGAAGAAAGCAGGCCGAGGCAACAAGGACAAAGCCGCUGUGGCUAUCACGGACGAAGAAGUCGAUAUACUUCACGAAAACAAUUUGCUUGGAGUUUCUUCUGCUGAAUCAUUGUUGAAUACUGUUUGGCUGAACAACACCAUUCAUUUUGGAAUGCGUGGUUGUCAAGAGCAUAGGGAUUUGUGCUGGGGAGAUGUAAAGCUUUGUAAGGACGCACAAGGUAACGACUAUCUAGUUUACAAUGAAAGACAGACAAAAACAAGGUCUGGAGUAGACGCCUCAAACGUUCGAAAAGUUUCCCGAAAAUGUUUUCAACUGGUGAUGAACGAGAUCCUGUCGUGGCGCACAAAAUUUACCGUGAAAAGCGACCGGAAAACAUGA